CUGAAGAGAUGGACGUGGGAGGACUUUCAGACCCAUAUGUAAAGAUAGCACUGAUGCAGAAUGGAAAACGCCUCAAGAAAAAGAAGACAAGUAUCAAGAAGUGUACAUUAAACCCUUACUAUAAUGAAUCAUUUACUUUUGAGGUGCCAUUUGAACAAAUUCAGAAAGUGCAGCUGGUGAUAACUGUGGUGGAUUAUGAUCGUAUUGGUACCUCGGAACCCAUUGGUAAGGUUGUUCUUGGGUACAAUGCCAGUGGUACUGAACUUCGUCACUGGUCCGACAUGCUUGCAUCUCCACGGCGCCCCAUUGCACAGUGGCAUACUCUCAAGGAUCCCGAUGAUGACAAGAAGGAUUAAGGAGACUGCCAAACUCCACACUUGUGAGAAAUAUGUUACUGUAUGGAUUCACAAAAAAGUGUUAAAUGUCAAACAAAUUCCUCCAUAAUCCUACCUUAUUUGUGUUACACAACUCUGUUCAAUAGAAAUGUGCUUUAAAAAAGAACAUUCUUGCAAGGAAAUCUCCUUCAAGCUAUAAUCACUAUUGUCCCCAUACAUUGUUCAUUUUCUUAAAAAAAAGGUCUGUGUGCAUAUAUCCUAUAUAAUACUACAGAAGUUUUGGAGGUUAACUUAAUUCCUAUCUGCAGUUCUCUGUAUUUCCAUAACAUGCCUCACUGUUCAUUCAAGUAUUGUGGUUAGAAAUUAUAUUACAGCAGUGAUUCUGUAUGGUGAGGUUAAGUAACUGACAGUUGCUGUGUCAACAGGCUACCACCAUUACUCUAAGCCAAAAGCUGCAUUCAUUCUUUAAGAUGUAAGCUGUUAAAAUAAUACUACCCACAAUAAAGUUUUCAUAAUAUACCAUUAAAAAGUUGUAAUGUUGGUGUUUCAUAUCAUGAUUCUGGAGAUGAAGAGCAUUGUAUCAUAUGAAUAGGCACCAGAAUUUUAUCAGAUAGGGCAUAGCCUAAUAGGGUGUAGCCAAAGAGGUUCGUUUUGUAUACACAUCAGUGACAAUAGGACUGUAAGAGAUUGCUAUAUGCAAAUAAAUAGUAUCUUUUGAGGUUCACUAAUCUAUUCACCUUCAUUGUGGCUUAUCCAGUGAUUUUUACUGGAAUAAAAGUUAAAAAGUGCCAUGCAUAUAUAUGUAUAUGCCUUCCCUUCCUCAGAAACAAACAGUUUUGAUGAAUAUAAUUUUAACCAAGCAGAGCUAUUUUGCUACAACAACUGACAAUAUUGUGUACUGCUUCCCAAUUUAUAAAAACACCACUGGGUGAUAUAAUAAAGCACCAAUGGGGUCUGCGAAAUUACAUCUGUAUCUGUUUAGCAAAUUCUGGCAGAAGAAGAUCUGCAUUCUAUAAAUGACUAAAUAGACAAAAUAACUGCUGGAAAUAUAUAUAAAUUUUAGUCAUUAAAGAAGUGGUGGGAAGUUUUCACUGCAGCUAAAUAGCACAAUGUUUGAUGUAAUGAGUUCUUCCAUUUCUCAGAAAAUGCUUUUGGAUGCACCACAUUUUUUUCUCAGUUUCUUCUAGUUUUGAAGAGGUCAUAUGCACCAUUUGCAUUUAUCAGCUGCCAUGAUGAUGUAGUUUUGAUCUCCUGAUGUUCCACCUUUAACUAUUAAAACUGUUAGUGUAUUAAAUAAUUGCAGAUCUUGUCAGUCAGGAACAAUCUCACAGUGAAUUACUUGCAUAUUUUUUUCUUUUUUAUUGGUGAUCCAUAAAAUGCAGCUUAUAAAUGAGAAAGACAUGAGAAGCAACUUGUGCAGCAACCACAGAAAUGAUGACCAAGCAGACAGAAACAUGAAAUCACUGUACAUUUCAUAUAAACAUUUAUUAUUAAAGUUUCCCAUUGGGAAACACUAUGAACAAGAUUAUUCAACUCAUAAAUCAAGCCAGAGAGAACACUUUCCUUCACAGUGCAAAUUCUCUCGAGAUGCCAGGAUUCUUAGACAGUUUAUUUUAUUUUAGGAUUCCUGUUGUUUUCUUCACGUGGGAAAGCCAAUGUUAAAGGUUAUACUCCUUUAGAAUGUUUUGUAAGAUAAUCAUUUUUACAAACUUUUUUUUAACAUAUGGAAUAGAUUAUCCAUACCCUCCUGUUUGCAAAUGAGAAUGAGAUGUGACUGCUAAUGGCAUGUAUUUCUGGCUUUAAUCUGUUUUGUAAAAAGAGAGUAUUGUUUAUAUAUAUAUAUAUAUGAAUGUAAUGAAUAAUUAAUUCUGCAACCUUGUAAACAGAAUGUUACUCAGAAAAUUAUGUUUAAGACCAGUAAAUGCAUUUUUAUAUGCAAAAUUAUUUACUGGAGGUUAGACAAGUAAUACACUAUACUUUUUAUACAAACAGUAUGGUUUUCACAAUUUAAUGACCCCUGCAUUAUAGGUUGUGGAAUAUAUACGUGUAUAUAUAUGUAUGUAUAAAAUAUAUUGGUAUGUGUGACUGUAUGCAGCCUGAGAGAAUGUAAGUAAAUUAGCCUGUGUGUAGAACUUACUGUGUACUAUAAUAAAGCCGAAUACUAGUCCAAAUCAGAAAAUAGAAAGUGCAGUUGAUUCCAUCCAGAGAAAUUUACCAACUUUAUCACAUUACUACAUAAAAAACAUUCCUUCAGUAUUUAUAAUUAAAAAUGUAAUUCAAGUAGCUACUCCACCCCUGCAAGUUUUUGGGCAACAUAGUGUGCCACUUAUGGAGAGAGAUACUACAGCUGUUACCUCUUCAAUUCUUCAAAACAUACACAUUCAUUUUCCUUUAAAUUUAUAACAAAUAAUGUAUGCAUUAUAUUUGUCCAUUGUAUGUGUUACUCCUUUUUAGUACAAAUGUGCUCAUACUCAGUCAUAGCUUUUCCCCUCCUCUAUGUGGUCUACAUCACAAAGCAUACAACAUUUUUUACAGUAUUCAGUGGAUGUAUUCUAAUAGGGAGACCCAUCUGCAUUCUGUAAAUGAAAAUGUUCAUUAUUGUCUAUGUUAUUAGCCACCAUGGAUGAGGAAACAUUUUUAAUUAUAUAAUUGAAAGGUUUACUUAUAAGAUCCCUCUGAUGUUGUUUAAAAUAGACUGUUUUUAUGUCUAUUUAUAUGGCUGGACAAUGAGAAAAAUAUGCUUCACAGGGGAUACAACAAAUGUGAGAAUGUUAACUGUAUCUUUCUGGACAAAGAAUUAAAUAUUUCAGAUAUUCCUGUAAUAUUUAUAUGACUUUUCAGAAGAAUUUAUAACUGCUGACAGAAAUGCAUGCUAUAAUUUCUGAAGGCAACAGACGUACUGUAAAAUGUUAAUGGAAUCAACAAGUAUAGCAAAAGGACAUAUGUAUCAUUUAUUGUCCUGAAAGGCAUUACCAUUUAUCAGCAGUACCUGCACUUGUACACCUACUGAAAUAAAAGUGUCUGA